AUGCCAAGUAAAAUCACCAUUUUAUCUGGAGGAACAGCAACUAAUCAAUUAGUUCCUUUAUUCAAGAGAUUAUCUCCUAACAACAACAUAUCAUAUAUAUUGCCAAUUCUGGAUAAUGGUGGUUCAACUUCAGAGAUUAUUCGUAUUAUUGGAGGACCUGCCAUCCGGGAUAUAAGAUCGAGAUUAACAAGAUUGAUACCUUCACAUCAAGAGUCACUACGCAAAUUGUUAAGUUUUCGAUUGUCAUCAGACGCCAAAAUUGCCAAGCAGCAAUGGAAUGAAAUCGUAGAAGGAACCCAUGAAUUGUGGAUUGGCAUUAAUUCUUCAACUAAAGAGAUAUUUCGAGCAUUUUUUGUUCAUUUACAUGUGGAAUUGUUGAAAAGAUCAAGACACCAAAUAUCAAACAAAAAUAAACAAUUUCGGUAUGAGAUGGCCAAUGUGGGCAAUUUGUUUUUAACUGGCGCCCGAUUAUUUAUUGGGUCAUUGGAUUCUGCAAUUGAAUUAUUUUGUAAAUUGACUGAUAUUGAUCCAUCGAUUGAAGUUCUACCAUGUAUUAAUACAAAUUUCACAUAUCAUAUUAGUGCCAUAUUAGAGAAUGGGCUUAUUAUAACUGGUCAAUCACAAAUUUCCCACCCUUCAGAUAAUCACGAAAAGUAUCCACCUCCAAUACAUAAAACAAGACCACCUACUCCUUCAGAGAUAUCCCAUAAAAGUGAUUAUUUUGAUCAUGCACAUUUACCCAUCACAGAAAAAUUACAUUUGAAUGUUCCAAUCAAUGAAGUCGAAUUAAGCAAGAGAUCGAGCAUUGGAUCAUUUGUUUCUUCUGGUUCAGAUAGUGAUGAAGAGGAAGCAGGGAAUGUGCCACAGUACACCCAUCCCGAAUUGAAAAAAUCACAGCUACAUUUUUCAAAGCUGGACAAUAUUGAGCCGUUGUUAUCCCCAAUCAAACGAAUAUUCUACGUAUCGCCCUAUGGCGAAGAGAUAUGCCCAACUGCCCAUGGGAAAGUAGCAUCUACAGUUGCCAACACAGAUGCAUUGAUCUAUUCUAUUGGUUCUUUGAUGACAAGCAUUGUUCCAAUUAUAAUCUUAAAAGGGAUCGGUAAAGCCAUUCUACAAAAUGAAUGCAAACGCAAGAUCUUGCUUUUAAAUGGAUGUCUUGAUAGAGAGACUUUUGGUAUGACGGCAUCUGAUUUUAUAAAAGUUAUUGUUCUGCUGGCCGAAUAUUCUAUCAACAGUCAUGCUAAUGGGCUUGCGGCUAAAUAUGAAUGGAAUAGAUUCAUCACACAUUUGGUAUACAUGGAGAAUCCCAGCAUUGAAGUCGAUGUUGAUUAUCUUACUUCGAAGGGCGUAACUUGUGUUAAGGUUGCUAAAUUAGAAGGUACAAAUUACUUUGAUUUGAAAAGUUUAGAAAAUGUAUUAGAUCAAAUUAUAUAA